AUGGGGCAGCCAGGAGAAAUAUCUGUGACGCGGGUCGGUUUGGGCGUGGGUGGCGGCGGCGGCGGUAGUCACUACAAAGUGACUACGCGCUGCGUACCCGAAGUGAGCGUAACCUCACCGACCGAUGGCCAUUAUCAUGAAUUACAGCCAUACUCAACGGUAUCAACAACAUCAUCAUCAUCAUCAGCAUCAACAACAAACACACCGCAGUCAGCAACAGUGGCCAUAACAACAGCAACAACAACAACAACAACACAUACGCAUGCCAAUCAUCAGACAAGCGAACAGCAGCCAUCAAAAUCAGCAACACAACCACCACAUCAACCACAUCAACUACAUCAACAACAUCACCAUCAUCAACAACAGCAACACAAACCAAAAGAAAAUCACAAACAACAAGCGCAACAACAGAAAGCACAUAAGAAAUCGAAAGCCAAGUCGAGUAGCCACGGCAACAGCAACAGCAAUAGCCACUGCUAUAGCAACUAUAAUUACAACAGCAAUAACAACAACAAUAAUAAUAAUAGCAAGAACAGCAUUAACCAUAGCAACAGCCAUAGCCAAAAUAGUAGUAACAGUAAAACUUUUCUACAACGCAGUAAACACACUAACAACAUUUAUUCAUCAGGAGCCACACUGGUGGAGGAGGAGGACUUCAAUGAAUUGACCGCCGUACCGACAGCAACCAUUGUGAUAGCAACAAAUGUGAAUGGCAAAGUGCGCAUAAGUCCACAAGCGACCAUCAACAACAGCAGUGCUGGUCCGGGCAUUGGCAACGGCACCGGCAAAGAGUCGGUUCGCCAGCUGCCACCACCACUAAAACUGACCGCCAGCACAACAACGACGCCAACUAGACCGACAACAAUUGCCGCGCCAACGAAAAAUCUACUGCAACGCCAGAAGGCGACCCAGCAGCCACAUCAGCAGCAACAGGCGAGUCCAACCAGAAGCACAGCUGAGAAAUUGCUUGCACAAACUAGUGAGGAAAGUCAACCCACUGAAUUGACACCGCUGGUGGAGACGCACGACGAUAUCACGCACGGUCACAGUUCGACAGCGCACACACCUUCCUCGAAUACAAACACCGCCAGCUCAACGCAACGCUCCAAUAGUACCGCGAUCGCCGCGUCUGUUUCGCCAACAGCUAGUGUUGGUUUAGCUACAGCAGCAACACAGUACAUUGGCGACUUGUCGCCUGCCACAUCGGCUGCCAGCAUCAUCUCCGCAGUAGGCGUUGCGAACGCGCCGAACAUUUACGGUCAGCAAACUAGCGUACCGGCUGCACCAACGGCACCACCGCCCACAGCUAUCGCUGCUGCUGCUGCUGCUGCCGCCACCACCACAACUUACAGUCACAACUCGAAGACUACACGCUCCUGGCCGGUAAUCUAUAGGAAUCCACACCAUUACGAUUACGAGGCACUCUACGUGCAGGCGUCUGGCGGUAGCACUAAACCGGUGGUUGGCGCAAAUCAUCACUACCACCAUCAGCCGGCGAGUCACUUUCAAAUCGGCAGUAGCGCUUUCAAGCAGAACUGUUAUUCGAAUCAAUUUGCUCAAUCCAUUUUGUAUACGUCAAGCAAUGAGGACCUGAGCGCCAUCAAUGAGCACGGCGGCGAUGGUGUUGGUGGCGGUACAACCGGUGGCAGCAGUAAUUUCGGCGUUAGCAACGGUCCCAGCAAUCACAAUACGAAAAACAAUACACAAACGACGUGCUACUACUUUGCGCCAAGUCGGCAUAACAGCAUUUAUGAACAUCCGUCGGCUGUGGUGCAUAAUUCCUCGUUUCAAUUUGAUCCAACUGCGGCAACAACUGCAGCCGCUGCAGCGGCUCUGCGCUAA